AUGUCUACAAGAACUCUUAUAGCCUUACGUUACAAUCCAAAGACUCUUGGUAUUCCUGCCGAAUGCCCGAGACCAAGAUUUUUCAAUAUGGAGGCUGAUGAGGGGGAAUCAUCGAGCAGUGGUCCCAUCUCCACCUUAAAUAGUUUAUUUUCGUUCACAAGUCCAGCAGUUAAGAAACUUCUUGGUUGGAAACAAGGUGAUGAAGAGGAAAAAUGGGCAGAAAAAGCAGUAGAUACUCUUGUUAAAAAGCUAAAAAAGAGCAAGGGGGCUAUUGAAGAACUUGAACGAGCUCUGUCUUGUCCAGGUACACCCAGCAAAUGUGUGACUAUUCCUAGAAGUUUAGAUGGUAGAUUACAAGUAUCUCACAGGAAGGGUUUACCACAUGUCAUCUAUUGUAGAGUAUGGAGGUGGCCUGAUUUACAAAGUCAUCAUGAAUUAAAACCUUUGGAACAUUGCCAGUAUCCUUUUUCAGCUAAACACAAGGAGGUUUGCAUUAAUCCUUACCAUUACAAGAGAGUAGAGAGUCCAGUAUUACCUCCAGUUCUUGUGCCAAGACACAAUGAUUUUGUGCCAGGACAUUCUUUACUUCCAUUUCAGCAGUUGGUAGAGCCCAAUAUGCCCCACAAUGUGAGAUAUUCAUCAAAUGGAUUUAAUUCUAAUCAUUUAAAUCCAGGCUCACCAUUGUCAAGUGUAUCUAGCCCAGGAAGUGUAGCUUCAAAUAACCCUCAGUCUCCAUAUGCAAGCCUGGCUGAAACUCCUCCACCAGCUUACAGUCCAACUGACGAAAAUAACACAAAUACUAACAAUAAUGUAAGUCCCGAACCUCCCUUGACAGCAGAUGUUCAGUCUGUAGCAUACCAAGAACAACCCUAUUGGGCUUCAAUAGCAUACUAUGAACUCAACUGUAGAGUUGGAGAAGUAUUUAGAUGCCAUUCAACAUCAGUGAUUGUAGAUGGUUUUACUAACCCUAGCAACAAUAGUGACCGAUUUUGUUUAGGUCAACUUAGCAAUGUAAACAGAAACUCAACCAUAGAAAACACCAGAAGACACAUAGGUAGAGGUGUGCAUCUUUAUUAUGUAAAUGGUGAAGUAUAUGCCGAAUGUCUCUCUGAUUCUGCUAUCUUUGUUCAAUCCCGCAAUUGUAACCACCACCAUGGUUUCCAUCCUUCUACAGUCUGCAAAAUACCAGCCGGAUGUUCGCUGAGAAUAUUCAACAAUGCUGAGUUUGCCCAAUUGCUCUCCCAGUGUGUCAAUCAUGGUUUCGAAGCAGUUUAUGAACUUACAAAAAUGUGUACAAUUAGGAUGAGUUUUGUCAAAGGAUGGGGAGCAGAGUACCACAGGCAGGAUGUCACUAGUACCCCUUGUUGGAUAGAAGUACACCUUAGUGGACCAUUGCAGUGGCUGGAUAAAGUUCUCACACAAAUGGGUGCUCCACAUAAUGCCAUAAGUUCUGUUUCUUAA